AGUCUCGGAAGAUGGCCAUUCCGUGUUCAGCCUAUUUACUCUCUACUAAGUACAUACUGAGUACUCUCUACUCUAUUUGUACCCACCAAUUCCUCCUAUCCCUGUUCGGAUGCACGCCAUUCCGUGAUCCGUUUCUCUGGUGGAUCGGGAUCGGCUAGACGCGUUGACUCGCUGUCAAUUUUCUAUCUCUUUGGUGGUACCUUGCUAGUACUUAUUCUGACCUUCUGUCUUCGUUUGAGUUGCUCGUCAUUGUUUCCAGGGUUCUUCGUCCGUUGUUUUUGUCCGCUGGUUGCCUGCUUGUCGCCUCUUGGGACUCGAUGGACGGGGGGUUUUGUAUCAUAUAAUAGAGCUUCUCUUACUUAUUGUCGUUGAUGGAUAGAAGAAAAUGGGUGUCCAGGAAGAACCCCUGAGUACGCUCACCACACCCGCUGGUGAAAAGGCGGAGAGUUCAGACACCGCGCAGGCGGAUUCGGACGACGGUAUUGACCAGACGGCCAACGAGGAGAUCAUCGGUUUGGCACGUCGCAUGUCACAGCUCUCGCGUCAGAACAGUCAUUACUCCACCAAGAGAGGUGCCGACGAGCUGCCGAACCCGUUCCUCGACCGCGAAGCCGACCCGGAGCUGAACCCGCAGUCGGACCAGUUCGUUUCGCGAAAAUGGCUGAAGAACAUGCUCGAUCUGACCUCGCGCGACCCGGAGCGGUUCCCCCGCCGGGCGGCGGGCGUCUCCUUUCGCAACCUCAGCGCCUACGGCUACGGAACCGCGGCUGACUACCAGAUGGACGUGGCCAACCUGUGGCUGAAGGCGGGCGGGUGGUUCCGUGGCGUGCUCGGCCAGCGCAAGAAGGUCCGGAUUGAUAUCUUACGGGACUUUGAGGGACUGGUCGAGAGCGGCGAGUUAUGUGUGGUGUUGGGGCGUCCGGGGAGUGGCUGCUCGACCUUCUUAAAGACCAUUGCCGGUGAAACUCACGGUCUGUGGCUUGAUGAAGGCCACGACAUCCAGUACCAGGGAAUCUCGUGGGAGGAGAUGCACUCGCGUUUCCGCGGUGAGGUCAUUUACCAGGCUGAGACCGAAAUUCAUUUCCCUCAGCUCACUGCAGGCGAGACCUUGUUAUUCGCCGCCCAGGCCCGCACCCCGGCGAACCGUAUUCCUGGCGUGACGCGCGAGCAGCAUGCGCAGCACAUGCGCGACGUCGUCAUGGCUAUGCUCGGCCUAACGCACACUAUGAACACCCGCGUGGGCAACGAGUAUAUCCGUGGUGUGUCGGGCGGAGAGCGCAAGCGUAUCAGUAUCGCGGAGACUACUCUCUGCGGCAGUCCGCUACAGUGCUGGGAUAACAGCACGCGAGGUCUCGAUAGCUCUACCGCGUUGGAGUUCGUCAAGAACCUGCGUCUGGCGACCAAAUAUAGUGGCUCCACGGGCAUCGUGGCCAUCUAUCAAGCCAGUCAAGCCAUCUACGAUAUUUUUGACAAGGUCACCGUGCUGUAUGAAGGACGGCAGAUCUACUUUGGGAGAGCCACGGAUGCCAAACGCUUCUUCGUCGACAUGGGCUUUUACUGCCCAGACCGACAGACCACGGCCGACUUCCUAACUUCAUUGACGAGUCCCUCGGAGCGAGUGGUCCGCGAGGGUUUCGAGAACCUCGUUCCCCGCACACCGGACGAGUUCGCCGCCCGCUGGAAAGACAGCGCAGAACGCAAGCGGCUGCUGGCGGACAUUGAGGCCUUCCAGCAACAGUACCCGCUCCACGGGGACAAAUUUGACGAGUUCACCCGUUCGCGUGCCGCAGAGAAGGCUAAGGGCACCCGGGCCAAAUCUCCCUAUACGCUCUCCUAUUGGGGUCAGGUCCAGCUGUGUCUGCGCCGUGGCUUCUGGCGACUUAAGGGUGACAUGAGCAUGACCCUGACGACGGUCUUUGGCAACAGUGCCAUGGCCCUGAUUGUCUCUAGUGUAUUUUUUAACCUGGCGGACAACUCGGGAAGCUUCUUCUCCCGCGGUGCUCUACUUUUCUUCUCGAUUCUCCUUAACGCCUUUGCCAGUAUGCUGGAGAUCCUGACGCUCUGGCAGCAGCGGCCCAUUGUCGAAAAACACGACAAGUAUGCGUUGUAUCACCCAUCUGCCGAGGCGAUCAGUUCCAUGCUCGUCGAUAUGCCAGCUAAAGUCCUUGUGGCCGUCACCUUCAACCUCAUCCUGUACUUUAUGACGAACCUGCGCCGCACGCCGGGCCAUUUCUUUGUCUUCUUCCUGUUUUCCUUCAGCACCACACUGACCAUGUCCAACAUUUUCCGUUGGACGGGCGCCAUCUCACGUUCCAUGGCGCAGGCGAUGGUCCCCUCCGGUAUCGUCAUGCUUAUCCUCGUCAUCUAUACGGGUUUCACUAUCCCCGUUCGCGAUAUGCACCCCUGGUUCCGUUGGCUCAACUACCUAAACCCAAUCGCCUACGCCUUUGAAGCCCUUAUGAUCAACGAAUUUAGCGAGCGCCGAUUCCCCUGCUCCCAGUACAUCCCAUCUGGCCCUGGGUAUGAGAAUGUGCCUGCGGACUCGCGGAUCUGCAACGGUGAUGGUGCAGUGGCGGGUGAGAGCUACAUCGACGGCGACAAGUACAUCAACACAGCCUUCCAGUACUACCGGUCCCACCUGUGGCGGAACUUCGGCAUCCUCGUCAUCUUCUUCGUGGCCUUCCUCAUCCUGUACAUCAUCUGUAGCGAGCUCGUUCGCGCCAAACCGUCCAAGGGCGAGAUCCUAGUCUUCCCGCGCGGCAAGAUCCCCGCGUUCGCGAAGCGCACCCAGGCUGACGGGGAUCGUAAUGACCCAGAGGCAUCGUCGGUACCAACAGAGAAACAGCGCGCAAGCCAGCUACAGGAAGGAGAGGUCAGCGGAGCGAUCGCCAAACAGACGUCCAUCUUCCACUGGCAAGAUGUCUGCUACGACAUCAAGAUUAAGGGUGAACCGCGGCGUAUCCUGGACCAUGUCGACGGGUGGGUGAAGCCGGGGACUCUGACAGCCCUGAUGGGUGUCACGGGCGCAGGCAAGACGACGUUGCUAGACGUGCUGGCCAACCGGGUAACGAUGGGAGUGGUGACCGGGGAGAUGUUGGUGGACGGACGGCUGCGGGACGACUCGUUCCAGCGGAAGACUGGCUACGUACAGCAGCAAGACCUGCAUUUGGAGAUCAGCACGGUGCGUGAGGCGCUGACCUUCAGCGCGCUGCUGCGGCAGCCGUCAACGACGCCGCGGGCCGAGAAACUCGCGUACGUCGAGGAGGUGAUCAAGAUGCUGGGAAUGGAGGAGUACGCGGAGGCGGUGGUCGGCGUCUUGGGCGAAGGAUUGAACGUCGAGCAACGGAAACGGUUGACCAUCGGCGUCGAGAUCGCGGCCAAGCCGGACCUGUUACUCUUCUUUGACGAGCCGACUUCAGGUCUUGACAGCCAGACGGCAUGGUCAAUCUGUACGCUGAUGCGCAAGCUGGCAGACCACGGCCAAGCCAUCCUGUGUACCAUCCACCAGCCGUCCGCGAUCCUCAUGCAGGAGUUCGACCGGCUGCUCUUCCUAGCCAAGGGCGGCAGGACCGUCUACUUUGGCGAACUGGGCGCCAACAUGGAGACACUCAUCAAAUACUUUGAGAACAAGGGGUCUCACCCCUGUCCGCCCACCGCCAACCCGGCCGAAUGGAUGCUUGAGGUCAUCGGCGCCGCGCCCGGAUCGCACUCCGAACAGGAUUGGCCUGAGGUCUGGAACCAGAGCCCGGAGCGUGAUGUCGUGCGCGCUGAGCUAGCUCAGAUGAAGGCCGAGCUCUCGCAGAAGCCCGUGCUGCCCGCGGAAGCUGGGUACCGCGCCUUUGCUAUGCCGUUGUGGUUCCAGUUCCUGGUGUGCGUGCAGCGCGUGUUCCAGCAAUACUGGCGCAGUCCGUCCUACAUCUACUCCAAGAUCGCCAUGUGUGUUAUUCCGCCCCUUUUCAUUGGCUUCACAUUCUGGCGAGAACCGACCAGCAUCCAAGGACUGGAGAACCAGAUGUUCGCCAUCUUCAUGCUGCUAGUCAUCUUCCCAAACCUGGUGCAGCAGAUGAUGCCGUACUUUGUGGCGCAACGGUCGCUGUACGAGGUGCGCGAGCGGCCCUCCAAGACGUACUCGUGGGUGGCCUUUAUGAUGUCCAGCGUCGUGGUCGAGUUGGCCUGGAAUAUCCUCAUGGCCGUUCCCAUCUUCUUCACCUGGUACUUCCCCAUCGGCCUCUACGCCAAUGCUGAACCCACGCACUCCGUCACAGAGCGCGAGGGGACCAUGUUCCUCCUUGUUCUCAUCUUCUUGCUCUUCACAUCUACCUUCAGCUCCAUGAUCAUCGCGGGAAUUGAGCAGGCCGAGCCGGCCGGUAACCUCGCCCAGCUUUUGUUCUCCAUGUGCUUAAUUUUCAAUGGUGUCCUAGCGAGUCCCUCUGCCCUCCCCGGCUUCUGGAUCUUCAUGUACCGUCUCUCCCCCUUCACAUAUCUCGUGUCGGCCGUGCUUUCCACCGGCGUAGCAGGGACAUCCGUCGAAUGCUCGGGCAUCGAAGUCCUGCACUUCGCCCCGCCUUCGGGACAAAACUGCUCGACCUACCUGGCCGAGUAUAUGAGCCUUGCGGGCGGACAGGUGCUGAACCCUGCUUCCACCACAGACUGCGAGUUCUGUUCCCUCUCUACGACGGAUGAGUUCCUGGCCGCUGUGAACAUCUAUUACAGUGAUCGGUGGCGCAAUAUCGGCAUUCUUUUCGCCUUCAUUGUCUUCAACUUCUUCGCCGCGUUUCUCCUGUAUUGGCUUGUUCGCGUGCCGAAGAAGAGCUCCAAGAAGCAGAAGAAGGAGUAGAGAGUGGUAGUAGUAGUGGUGGUACAUAUCCUUCAACUUGGUAUUCAGAGUACAUAAUAGAUAGUUCGAAUACCUUAAAUUAAUAGUAUUUCGUAUUUGGAACAA